AUGCACACCGAGGACAAGCUUCAGCAGGUCAUGGCGACGUCGGCGGUGUCGGCGCCCACAGGGAUGCAGCAGAGCCGGUCGCAUACCUCUCUUGGCAGCAGGAUUCGCACUAGUGCCAAUGGGUACCGCAUGGAUUACUCCCGCACCGCCCAUAGCAGCUGGGGCCCCCACGUGCGACACGCGGCAAAUUUUCGCUUACGCAGCGACUCCACGACCGCGACGGGCAUACUGCAGGCGCGUACGAGCCAAGAUGUCACACGGUACCUCUUGCAUGCCACCGAAAAGACGCACGCAAUUCUGGAGCGGUUUGCAGAGCAGAUGAAGACGUAUCAUACCUUUCAGCCUUCAUUUGUUGAGGGUGGUGUUUACAAGACGCUCUUGCCGACACGACGGGCCUUCGGCAGCGCCGCGUGGGACUCCGUGGAAAAGGUGCUGGACGCAUCCUCGUCGCAGGCCGUGCGCCACAACGCCCACAAUAACUUCUUGGAAACCCUACAGAAUAUUCCUUCCGUAAAGGAUCAGCUGUCGAGGAAAUCUGCUGACACAACCGUGAGUAAGGCUUUUACUAGCGAGGCUGUGUCACCGAAGUCCCCUUGUGCGACCCAAGACAAGGACGACGCCUUGUUCUAUCUCUGGUGUCGCGAGCGUUUGAGCAUGACCUCGGAGGAACUGCGCCAAGAGCUUUUAUUCCGAGACAAGGAGCGGGCGAAUAAGUGGAGGGCGUCGCUCGCCUCGACGAGGCAACGAUGGCAGGCCGAGCUUGAGGGACUGCUUGGGGAUGCACGGGAUGAUGCACAGUUGCCCCCGACGCCACUGUCUCCCACUGAGAAGCGGGCAAGCGAGGCCUCCACGGAAUUACUGCGACAGCGCUUUGAGCAGCGUAUGCGGUGGGAGGUGUUUUGCAACUCUGAAACGUCUUCCAAACUCGGGUCGACAGCGUCCUCGACGCCGGCGCUGGCCCCAGCGGCAGAAAUUAUCAGCGAUUAUCGCAAAAACGAUGAGCUCCAGGCAUGGAUGGAGGGGAGGUGGAGACAUCACACCCACCGCCAUGAGAACGCCGCUCUGCGCAUUCAGUGUGCCUACCGCUGCCACCGAGCCAGACUACGGGCGGCGCGGCGACGGUACACGCGACGUGUCGCCUUUAUGGAGGCCCGGCGGGCGGAGGAGGAGGGCACGCGGGCUUGGAACACCGCCCUGCGCGUGAUGACAGAUGAGCUAAACAACGCCGGGGAUAGUUUUAGCACCACCUGGCGAUCGUUGAAUUUUGUCUUUUCAAAGCUACAGGCCAAAGCGAUGGCACGACGGGCCCGUAAGAAGGCCGAGAUGGAGAGCGAAUUUGAGAUUAACGAGUACGCGGCCCUCACGAUACAGCGCGUCUACCGUGGUUACUGUGGCAGGAGGAUGGUGAGGAUGAUCCGUUUUCCGGAAGUUUUUGCGCAGCAACGCCGUGCCCGCUUCGAGGUGGCGGUAGUGGCGCUGCAGGCUGCGUGGAGAGGAUCCGCAACACGUGCGAGGAUUGAUCGAGAAAGGAAGGCGGCACUUGUUAUUCAACGACUUGUGCGGUUGUCCGCUGCACGCGCGCGGCUGCAUCGCCUCCGCGCGACAAGGCGGACAGAGGUGGAUCAGUCGACGAAGCGGUUUGCCGCACAAGCGGUGUGUCGCUUCCUGGAGCGAAUCAUCCUGCGACGUCGCGAACACAUCCUGCGCUUCCAUGCGCAGGCCGAACUGCUGCAACGUGUCACCCGUGGGUUGUAUGUGCGAUUGGCCCUGCAUCGACAGCAACGGUCACUUUUGCGACUGGUACUCUGGACGCAGCGCCAUUUUCGUGGUGCGCUGGGGCGUGCGUUGGCGCAGCAGCGACGAGAAAGGAGGGACACGCUUUUGGAGCACCUUCGCCGUGAGGAUGCGGCCACCGUCAUUAAGCGGGCCUGGCGGCGGAGCGUGGAGGCUGCAGCAAAGGCCAAAAAUCUGGAACUCUCAGAGAGUAGUAACAGCUCUGGGCCUGUGAUGCCGGCGCGUAGCCAAGAGGAAGCUGCUGUGAUUAUUCAGCGUUGGUUCCGAAGCGUGUGCGUCAUGCAUCGGGCGCGCGCCGACCGUGACGCAGCUCGUAGGCAAUUACUCUUAACAGAAAGUGCCGAGCGCAUUCUUCGGUUUUACCGUGCCUUUAAGGCAAGAACGUCGUCUUCACAGCCAAAAAAUGCACCGAUUGGUUGCACUCCAUUGGAGAGUAUGUGA